AUGAUGCCGCCGCCUCCUCCCGGUCACUUCCUCCGCGCGGCGGGGCGGGAUCCGGCCGAGCGGCGCGCCCCUUCCCCUCCCUCCGCUCCCGGUCCCGGUGCCGCCGGGAUGUCCGCCUCCAGCACGGCCGAGCCGGGCGCUACCGCCCGCUCCCCGUUCGCCUCGGGCCCGAGCGCGGAGCAGCAGCAGCAGGAGGAGGAAGAGGAGGGGGAAGAAGAAGAGGGGGAGGACGGCGCCGGGGGGGCGCGGCCCUGGGCUCCCCCGGAGAAACUCCUGCACGAAGCGCGGCUCAGGGCCAAGGCCAAGCGGCGGCUGCGGCGCACCUCGUCCCGGGACUCCGCCCGGGAGCCGCCGGCCGAGGAGCCGGGCGCCGAACCCGGCAGCCCCAAGGGCAGAGCGCACGACCGCAGAUCGCGCGGCGGGAAGGGCCGCGGGCUGCCCAAGAAAGGCGGCGCGGGGGGUAAAGGCGUGUGGGGGGCCCCCGGCGUGGUGUACGGCUACCAGGAGCCCGACGCCCGCGACCCCAACUACGAUGAAGUGGCGCAGGGGGACACGGUCUACGCCACCGUGGUGCCCGAACUGGAGGAGGACGAGCUGGAGCAGAACGUGCAGCCCAUGGUGCUGGAGUACUUCGAGCACGGGGACACCGGCGAGGUCGUGGAGCUGCUGCGGGGGCUGAACCUGGGCGGCCGGCGGCACGCGGUGCCCUCGCUGGCGGUGGCACUGGCGCUGGAGGGCAAAGCCAGCCACAGGGAGCUGACAUCACGGCUGCUGUCUGACCUGGUGGGCCGCGUGCUGAGCCCCGAGGACGUCGCUUGGGCCUUCGACAAGAUGCUGCGGGACCUCCCCGACCUCAUCCUCGACACCCCCGAGGCCCCUCAGAUGCUGGGGCAGUUCAUUGCCCGGGCGGUGGCCGACCACGCGCUGCCCCUGGGCUUCCUGGAGCGCUACAGAGGCCGCGUGGACUGCGAGCACGCCAGGGCCGCCCUGGACCGCGCCGCCGUCCUGCUCCGCAUCAAGCGUGACGUCAACCGGCUGGACAACGUGUGGGGUGUGGGGGGUGGGCAGCGCCCCGUCAAGCACCUGGUGAAGGAGAUGAACCUGUUAUUGCGUGAGUACCUGCUGUCCGGGGAGGUGUCGGAGGCUGAGCGCUGCCUGCGGGCGCUGGAGGUGCCGCACUUCCACCACGAGUUGGUGUACGAGGCGGUGGUGAUGGUGCUGGAGGGCUCCGGGGACGCGCCGGUGACGACGAUGGUGACGCUGCUGCAGGUGCUGUGGGAGACCGGCUUGGUGACGCUGGACCAGAUGAACCGGGGCUUCCAGCGGGUCUAUGCGGCGCUGGCUGACCUCAGCCUGGAUGCACCGCUGGCCCACGCGCGCCUGGAGCGGCUGCUGGAGCUGUGCUGUCAGCGCGGCGUGGUGACACGGGCACUGCGCGAUGCCUGUCCUGCCAGGGGCCGGAAGCGUUUCGUCAGCGAGGGCGACGGGGGCCGCGUGAAGCAGUGAGCGCCGCGCCGAGCCCCGCAGCGCCGGGCCGCACCGGGCACAAUAAAGAUCUGCCGGGAGCCCCGCUCCGCGUCCGCGCUCAGUCCUCCC